UGUUCUAUGAUCAUAUUCAAUCUAGCAGCCUCCAAUUCCUCAUCAAAAUGAAGAAUUCUUCUCUCAUGUUACUUGCAUUUUGGUCUGUAUAUGUCCACCUGUUUUGUCUCUUCAUGUUAAACUCACUAUGCUUUAUCCCAAACAUGACUACGUUUGCCUCAAGAAAUGAGAUUGACCAUUUGGCACUACUCAAAUUCAAGGAAUCCAUAUCCACUGACCCAUAUGGAAUCUUCCUCUCUUGGAAUACUUCUAAUCACUUUUGUAAUUGGCCUGGAAUCACAUGCAAUCCCAAGCUUCAAAGAGUUACACAGUUAAACUUGACAGGAUACAAGUUGGAGGGAUCCAUAUCUCCCCACGUAGGAAAUCUCUCUUAUAUGAUAAAGUUAAACCUAGCAACCAACAGCUUCCACGGGAAAAUCCCACAAGAACUGGGACGGUUGUCACAUCUGCAGCAACUCUCUGUCGCAAAUAACUUAUUGGCAGGGGAAAUUCCUACAAACUUGACAGGUUGUACUGAUCUCAAAAUCUUAUACUUACAUAGGAACAAUCUGAUUGGCAAAAUACCAAUCCAAAUUGGUUCACUUCAGAAGCUUGAACAAUUGAGCACUUCUCGUAACAAGUUAACUGGAGGAAUCCCUUCAUUCACAGGUAAUCUUUCGUCCCUAACUCUUCUCGAUAUCGGUAAUAACAACUUAGAGGGAGAUAUUCCACAAGAAAUAUGUCUUCUCAAAAGCUUGACAUUUUUAGCAUUGGGUCAAAACAACCUGACUGGAACAUUACCUCCUUGUCUAUAUAAUAUGUCAUCUCUUACUAUGAUCUCAGCCACAGAAAAUCAAUUAAAUGGUUCUCUUCCACCCAACAUGUUCCACACCCUCUCCAAUCUCCAAGAAUUUUAUAUUGCUGUCAACAAAAUCUCUGGUCCAAUCCCACCUUCCAUCACAAAUGCAUCAAUAUUCUUUUUAGCACUUGAGGCCAGUAGGAACAAUCUUACGGGACAAAUUCCAAGCCUGGGGAAGCUACAAUAUCUUGAUAUCCUAUCUCUGUCAUGGAAUAAUCUAGGUGACAAUUCAACUAAUGAUUUGGAUUUUCUAAAAUCAUUGACAAACUGCAGUAAUUUGCAUAUGAUAUCUAUCUCCUACAAUAAUUUUGGAGGUCAUUUGCCCAAUUCUUUGGGUAAUUUAUCCUCCCAACUUAGUCUACUAUAUCUCGGAGGUAAUCAGAUAUCAGGAGAAAUCCCUGCAGCAAUAGGAAAUCUAAUUGGCUUGACUCUUUUGACGAUGGAAAAUAACAGCAUUAGUGGGAAUAUCCCAACAAGUUUUGGGAAGUUUCAGAAAAUGCAAAAGAUAAAUUUGGCUGGAAACAAGUUGUCAGGAGAGAUUAGAGCCUACAUAGGCAACCUUAGUCAAUUGUUUCACUUGGAAUUAAAUGAAAAUGUGUUAGAAGGGAAUAUUCCUCCAAGUUUAGGAAACUGCCAGAAGUUACAAUACUUGGACCUUUCUCAUAACAACCUUACAGGAACCAUACCCUCAGAGGUUUUUAUGCUUUCCUCUCUAACAAAAUUGUUGAAUUUGUCACAAAACUCAUUAAGUGGUAGUAUACCAGACAAAGUGGGCAACUUAAAAAAUCUUGAUUUACUAGAUAUGUCUGAGAAUCGUCUAUCUAGUGAAAUUCCUGGAACCAUCGGAGAAUGCAUAAUGUUGGAAUACCUUUAUCUGCAAGGGAAUUCUCUGCAAGGAAUCAUACCAUCCUCUUUGGCAUCACUCAAAGGGCUUCAACGUUUAGACCUCUCACGAAACAACUUGUCUGGAUCAAUUCCUAAUGUUUUGCAGAAAAUUACAAUCUUAAAAUAUUUCAACGUAUCUUUUAACAAGUUGGAUGGUGAGGUGCCUACUGAAGGUUUCUUUCAAAAUGCAAGUGCGUUAGUGUUGAAUGGAAAUAGUAAGCUUUGUGGAGGAAUUUCAAAACUACAUCUACCGCCAUGCCCUCUCAAAGGUAAGAAACUUGCAAGACACCAAAAGUUCAGGUUGAUAGCAGCGAUAGUCAGUGUGGUUGUUUUUCUUCUCAUGUUAUCCUUUAUUCUAACUAUCUACUGGAUGAGAAAAAGAAGUAACAAACCGUCUUUGGAAUCACCUACAAUUGACCACCAGCUGGCUCAAGUUUCAUACCAAAGCCUACAUAAUGGCACUGAUGGCUUCUCAUCUACAAACUUGAUAGGGUCUGGAAGUUUCAGCUCUGUCUACAAAGGAACUCUUGAGUUUAAAGACAAAGUUGUUGCCAUAAAGGUCCUAAACCUUGAAAAAAAAGGAGCCCACAAGAGUUUCAUUACUGAAUGCAAUGCACUUAAAAAUAUUAAACAUCGAAAUCUAGUUCAAAUUUUAACAUGUUGUUCCAGCUCAGAUUACAAAGGUCAAGAAUUUAAAGCUCUAAUUUUUGAGUACAUGAGAAAUGGAAGCUUAGAGCAAUGGCUGCAUCCUAGCACACUAAAUGCAGAGCAACCGAGAACAUUGAAUCUUGAUCAAAGAUUAAAUAUCAUGAUUGAUAUUGCUUCUGCAAUACAUUAUCUUCAUCAUGAAUGUGAGCAAUCAAUCGUUCAUUGUGAUUUAAAGCCAAGCAAUGUCCUUCUUGAUGACGACAUGGUUGCUCAUGUGAGUGAUUUUGGCAUAGCAAGACUUCUCUCAACUAUCAAUGAGACCACUUCUAAGCAAACAAGUACAAUUGGAAUAAAAGGGACUCUUGGCUAUGCUCCUCCAGAGUAUGGAAUGACUUCUGAGGUGUCAACUUAUGGGGACGUGUACAGCUUUGGAAUUCUUAUGUUGGAAAUGCUUACUGGAAGAAGACCAACAGAUGAAAUCUUUGAAGAUGGUCAAAAUCUUCGUAACUUUGUUGCAAUUUCAUUUCCUGAUAAUAUUUCUCAGAUUUUGGAUCCACAACUUAUUCCAAGUGAUGAAGCAACGACAUUGAAAGAAAACCAUCAUAAUCUUAAUCCAAGUGUUGAGAUGUGUUUAGUUUCACUUUUUAGAAUUGGACUUGCUUGUUCUAUGGAAUCACAGAAAGAACGAAAGACAAUGAAUGAUGUCAUCAUGGAACUUAAUCGAAUCAGGGAGGUCCUUUCUACCUGUUGGUGAGUUAAAUGAGGAUCUACUUGAAUUUUCCACAUAUACUAUCCAGAUUUAAUCAUUUCACUUUUAUAUAAGAUGUUUUUUCUAAGAUAUGCCCUCUUGGAUGUAAUACUCGAUAGACUUAUUGUACUUCCAUAUUUUUAUUUCAUAUACGACUUGUGAUUUUCCAAAUUUUGCUGCCAAAA